AACACGUUUCAAAGGCGGAAGUCUUCUCUGGUGUGAAGGUGCAACCCGGAAUUAGCUCGUUGGACCGUUUUUCUGACGUCAGCUCACCGCUGCCGUUCUGCUCACACGGUCACUCCGGGUUUGCUCGUGGUUGUCUAGUUUUGACUGUCUGCACGAUGGCGUCUACCUUUGAGCUCUGUCCCGGCCGGAUGAUCGGCGGGAACCAUCCGUGUUUCAUCAUCGCUGAAAUCGGUCAGAAUCACCAGGGGGACAUUGAAAUUGCCAAGAAAAUGAUUAAAGUCGCGAAGGACUCGGGGGCAGAUUGUGCUAAAUUCCAGAAGAGCGAGUUGGAGUACAAGUUCAACAAACGAGCGUUGGAACGGCCAUACAACUCCAAAAACUCCUGGGGAAAAACCUAUGGCGAACACAAGCGCCACCUGGAGUUCAGCCAUGAGCAGUACCGGGAGCUGCAGAGAUACGCAGCAGACGUGGGGAUCUCCUUCACGGCCUCAGGCAUGGAUGAGAUGGCGGUGGAGUUUCUCCAUGAAAUCAACGUGCCUUUCUUUAAAGUGGGUUCUGGAGACACCAACAACUUUCCUUACCUGGAAAAAACGGCUAAGAAAGGUCGUCCCAUGGUGGUGUCCAGUGGGAUGCAGUCCAUGGAGACCAUGCGUCGUGUCUACAGGACCGUGAAGGAACACAACCCAAACUUUGCCAUCCUUCAGUGCACCAGUGCCUACCCUUUGGAGGCUGAAGACGUCAACCUCCGAGUGAUCACUGAAUACCAGAAGGAGUUUCCUGAUAUUCCUAUUGGCUACUCCGGCCAUGAGUCUGGAAUCAACAUUUCGGUGGCAGCUGUAGCUCUUGGAGCAAAGGUCCUUGAGCGUCAUAUAACUUUGGACAAAACUUGGAAAGGAAGUGACCAUGAGGCCUCGCUGGACCCCUCUGAGCUGGCUGAGCUGGUUCGUUCAGUCCGGUUAGUGGAGAGGGCGCUGGGAACCGGCAUCAAGCGGAUGCUCCCCUGUGAGAAGGCCUGCCACGAUAAGUUGGGAAAGUCGGUGGUGGCCAAAGUCAGGAUCCCCAAAGGAUCGGUGCUGACUCUGGACAUGCUGGCGGUGAAGGUGGCUGAGCCCAUGGGCUUCCCAGCUGAAGACAUCUUCCAGCUGGUUGGAAACAAAGUGAAGGAGGACAUAGAAGAGGAUGAGAGCAUCACGUCUGAACUGGUGGACAACUACGGCAAGAAGGCCAAGUGCUGAGAGCUGAGAUUUGAUCUGUAAAGGCAGAAGAUCUCAUUGAUACACUGAAUUGGGGUGAUUGAACAGGUGUGGUAGAGGGUUCAUGUAAUUGGACAAAGAGACGUGGUUGUUCUGCUUCACAUCUUCAUGUAUUUCUAAUUUCAAACGUGUCCUUUAAUGCUUUGAUUUCUCAUGACUGGUUUCCUCUUUGAUCUUUAUCAGUCCAGCACUGAAUGCACUGAUAAUUCCUCCCGUUUACCUCAUGCAGCAGAACGGACAACCGUUAGGAUAAAACGAGUGAUGUCAUUUAAGGAGGAACUAAGUGAGAGUCCUUUUCAUGAAGACCUGUGUUUGGUGUCAUGUGUGUUUGGAAGGAGGGAACAUGUUCAUGUUCAUCUGGGGUUUGAAAUCUUCUGGGGAAAAAAUAAACUUUCAAUAAAGAUUUUUGCAAAAUUUGA